AGUUGGCGCAGAGAGCAGAAGUAAUUGCAUUGAGCCGAGCCCUGAGACUCGCUAAAGGAAAAAAAGUCAACAUUUACACGGAUUCAGCUUAUGCUUUUGGAGCAGCUCAUGUGGAGCUUGCCCAAUGGAGAAGAGCAGGAUUCAGGAGAGCAGACAAUGCACCAAUCUGCCACAAGAAGGAAAUGGAAGAACUUGAACAGGCCUUGGAAGACCCGGAAGAGGUAAGUAUUAUAAAAUGUAAAGGUCACUCUUCGGGGACUGGCAUGGUGGCAAUCAGAAAGCCGAUGAAGCCGCAAAAGAAGCUGCAGGAUAUAAAGGACCAAGGCAGAUGGUGCAAAUAAGUGUAGAAGAGGAAUCAGGAGUCAACAUGUUGGAGGAGGCCAGAAAGGCCCAAGAGGAGGCAGCCCCAGAGGAAAAGGGGGUGUGGAAGAGCAGAGGAGCAUGGGAGGAAGGAGGUCUGUGGAGAGGACCCGAGGGAAGACCUGUCUUGACUGAAAAACUGGCAAAACAGAAGAUCACCGAAGCCCAUGGGCUCGGUCAUGUGGGUGUGGCCCAGAUGGAGAGACAUCUGUGCCAUUGGUGGCAUCCAUUUUUGAAAGACAUGAUUAAGGAGAAAGCCAGGACGUGUCUGAUUUGUGGCAAGCACAAUCCAAAGCCAGUAAUAAAGCCAGAAGCAGGUAAGUUUCCCAUUCCAGAAAGACCAGGAGAAGAGAUUGUGAUCGACUUUACUGACAUGAUCGACGUGGGUCCAGGAGGAGUCAGGUAUCUGUUGGUGAGUGUAGAUGCCCUGACCGGCUGGCCAGAGGCAUGGGCUACAAAACGGGAGGAUUCUAAAAGUGUGAUUAAAUGUUUGAUUAAUCAUUACAUCCCGAGACAUGGGUUCCCGAAACGAAUUCAGUCAGAUAAUGGGACCUAUUUCAAAAAUAAAGAUUUGGCAGAAGUAGAACGGAUUCUGGGGGUGCAACACAGGUUUGGGACAGUGUAUCAUCCUCAGUCCCAAGGAAAAGUAGAAAGAAUGAACCUAAAUUUGAAAAAUAAAAUAGCGAAAAUUUGUGCGCAGACGGGGCUAAAUUGGGUGACCAUCAGAUGUUGUGUUAACCAAUUCACAGGUUUCACGCCGUACGAGCUGUUGACAGGACGACAGUUUCCAGCUCCUUGGACAGCGAUCCCGGCUGAAGAGAACAUAAAAAGUAACAGAACGCAUGCGGAAUAUUGGAAAGAAUUAAAAGCUCUUGUGUCCAGUUUCACACAACAGGUUGCAGCAGGAGUGAGCACGGUGGACAGGUCCGUCCCCAGUGCCAAAGCAGUGUGGCUGAAGGUCAUUAAGCGAAAGUGGAAAGAGCCGAGGUGGACGGGGCCAUAUGAAGUGACCGCUAGGACCACAACAGCGGUCCAACUGAAGGGGAGAGGCGAGACCUGGUACCAUUGGUCUCAAUGUGCAGUAGCCGAUGAGAGCUUGGUGGAGCAAAGCUCAUGUCCAAACAACACGGGUGGUAAAAAAGAAAUAGAGGCAGAAUAAAUCCUCUCACCCGUGCAACGACCAACCAGUAGUCUACCUGGUUAGGUUGAAGUAAGAAGAGGGGGAUCGCAGAGAAUCACCCGACUCAAAGAGGAGGUGGCAAAGAGGCGUGAAGUUUAAUAGGCUGGGGCUCCAGUCUAAAAGUUGAAGGAGAGUAUGGGAACCAAAAAUAUGGGGUUGUAGGGUAAUUGGAAAAUAACGGGGGUGUUGGCAUGUGUCAGUGUUUUGAUAUGUUUGUUUGUUUUUUGGCAGACAGGUGAAUUGCCCAGACGCAGAGAUCCACAUACUCCAGAGUCCAAAUUGAUUGAGUCACCCGGAAAGUCUAAGCGCAAUGGCUCAGCCCAAAGAUGAAAAGAAUUGGGAGAUUUUAACAACUUGGUGCCGUAACCCAGAUCUUUGGUGUGCUGAGGAAGGCCGAUUUGGCCUGUGGUGAGAUCGUGAGACGAGGCGAACAGAGGACCGGUCCAAAUUUAAAAAGUUGUUGGCGGUAAUGCACCAUUUUGCUGUUUGCCAACCGCAAAGAAGAAGAAGAAGACGAGCAGGAAGAAGGGGGUGGGGAAGAAGAGGAGUCGAGCGUAGAGAGCUGCUUUUUCGUGAAAUGGGAGUAAAGUAGUGAACUUGGAGGAGAGAAACAAAUUAAAGUGUCGAUCAUAUACCACUACCAACGUCUGGAUCGAUAUCUGCAUCGAUCUGCCCACCCUUGUCUCCUGGAUCGUAGCUGAGAUCAGCGUGAACCACGUGGGUCUCUGCUCCCUGAUCUGUUUCCUGUGUUUGGAAAGAGUUCCAGCUUCAUCACGGAGUUUCUCUCGGUUUGUGGGCUCAUCUAAAGCUGAGUAACAGGACGAGAAGAGUCUGGUGGAGCAGCAGAGGAACAAUUUCGGCCAUUUGGACUCAGCUCAGCCACUACAGAGGAAACAAUGACUUCAACACAAAAGGACCAACAUGGAGCGAGAAGUCAGCGCUCUCAGGAGGCCGACAAACCUCACAGAAAAAAGGGAGAGAAAAGCUACAGCUGUGAUGAGUGUGGAAAGGAUUUUACUCAUCUUGGAAACUUUAAAACACACCAACUCGUCCACAGUGGAGAUAAACCGUACAGAUGUGGCUUGUGUGGAAAACUUUUUACCCAGAAAGGACACCUAAAAUCACACCAGCUCAUCCACAGUGGAGUUAAACCAUACAGCUGUGAGUUGUGUGGAAAGUCUUUUACCCACCCUUCAAGCUUAAAAACACACCAAGUCAUCCACAGUGGAGUUAAACCAUACAGCUGUGAGUUGUGUGGUAAAGCUUUUACUUGCAGUGGUAACUUACAGCGUCAUCAACUCAUCCACUCUGGAAUCAAGACACACAGCUGUGGUCAAUGUGGUAAAGCUUUUGCUCAGAGUAGCACCUUACGACGUCACCAAGUUACUCACUCUGGAUUUAAACCGUACAGCUGCGACUUGUGUGGAAAGUCUUUUAACGAUCCUGCAAACUUGAAAAAACACCAACUCAUCCACAGUGGAGUUAAAUCAUACAUAUGUGAUCCUGAGAAAGCUGAGCCACCUGUGGAAAAAGCAGAAAAAUGUGUGUCUGAUAGCCUGCUACCUGCUACACCGGACCUGUCUUUUGAGGACCAACAUGGAGCGAGAAGUCAGCGCUCUCAGGAGGCCGACAAACCUCACAGAAGAAAGGGAGAGAAAAGAUACAACUGUGAUAAGUGUGGGAAGAAUUUUACCCAUCUUGGAAACUUUAAAGCACACCAACUCGUCCACAGUGGAGAUAAACCGUACAGCUGUGAGUUGUGUGGAAAACUUUUUACCCAGAAAGGACACCUAAAAUCACACCAGCUCAUCCACAGUGGAGUUAAACCAUACAGCUGUGAGUUGUGUGGAAAGUCUUUUACCCACCCUGCAAGCUUAAAAACACACCAAGUCAUCCACAGUGGAGUUAAACCAUACAGCUGUGAGUUGUGUGGAAAGUCUUUUACCCACCCUUCAAGCUUAAAAACACACCAAGUCAUCCACAGUGGAGUUAAACCAUACAGCUGUGAGUUGUGUGGUAAAGCUUUUACUUGCAGUGGUAACUUACAGCGUCAUCAACUCAUCCACUCUGGAAUCAAGACACACAGCUGUGGUCAAUGUGGUAAAGCUUUUGCUCAGAGUAGCACCUUACGACGUCACCAAGUUACUCACUCUGGAUUUAAACCGUACAGCUGCGACUUGUGUGGAAAGUCUUUUAACGAUCCUGCAAACUUGAAAAAACACCAACUCAUCCACAGUGGAGUUAAAUCAUACAUAUGUGAUCCUGAGAAAGCUGAGCCACCUGUGGAAAAAGCAGAAAAAUGUGUGUCUGAUAGCCUGCUACCUGCUACACCGGACCUGUCUUUUGAGGACCAACAUGGAGCGAGAAGUCAGCGCUCUCAGGAGGCCGACAAACCUCACAGAAGAAAGGGAGAGAAAAAAUACAGCUGUGAUGAGUGUGGGAAGGGUUUUACCCAUCUUGGAAACUUUAAAGCACACCAACUCGUCCACGGUGGAGAUAAACCGUACAGCUGUGAGUUGUGUGGAAAACUUUUUACCCAGAAAGGACACCUAAAAUCACACCAAGUCAUCCACAGUGGAGUUAAACCAUACAGCUGUGAGUUGUGUGGAAAGUCUUAUACCCAUCCUGGAAGGUUAAAAACACACAAACUCAUCCACAGUGAAGAGAAAGCAUACAGCUGUGAGUUGUGUGGUAAAGCUUUUACUUGCAGUGGUAACUUACAGCGUCAUCAAGUUGCUCACUUUGGAAUUAAGGCGUACAGCUGUGAUCAGUGUGGAAAAACUUUUGCUUGUAGUGGCACCUUACGACGUCAUCAAUUUACCCACUCUGGAAUCAAGGGAUACAGCUGUGAUCAGUGUGGAAAAACUUUUGCUUGCAGUAGCCACUUACGACGUCAUCAAGUUACUCACUCUGGAUUUAAAGCAUACAGCUGCGACUUGUGUGGAAAGUCUUUUAAUGAUCCUGGAAACUUGAAAAAACACCAACUCAUCCACAGUGGAGUUAAAUCGUACAUGUGUGAGUUGUGUGGAAAGUCUUUUACCCAGGCUGGAAACUUAAAAAGACACCAAGUCAUCCACAGUGGAGUUAAACCAUACAGCUGUGAGUUGUGUGGUAAAGCUUUUAGUUGCAGUAGCACCUUAAGACAUCAUCAAGUUACCCACUCUGGAAUUAAGGCAUACAGCUGUGAUCAGUGUGGUAAAGCUUUUGCUUUCAGUAGCACCUUACGACAUCAUCUAGUUACCCACUCUGGAAUUAAGGCGUACAGCUGUGACAUUUGUGGAAAAACUUUCAGGACGCUAGGUUACCGCAAUAUUCACGUACGGAUUCACACCAGACAUGACGUUUACUCCUGUGAUCUGUGUGGCAAACUGUUUACAACAUAUCCACACUUGCAACGCCACAAACUUACCCACACUGAGGAGAGACCUUAUAAAUGCGACCUGUGUGAAAAGGCUUUUAAAGAGCCACGUUCCCUGAGAGUUCACCAUCAGAUCCACACCAGAAAGAGACUAUAAGUGCAGUUACUGUGAGAAGCAGAGUGACACAGAUGGAUCCAGUUCUCAACCCUGUCGUCACUGUGGUGGUGGGAAAGCGUUUCAGUCAGCAACUGAGUGUAAAACGACAUCAACGUAGACAGACUGGUGACAAAAUGAACUACUGCAAAGAAUAUGGGAGAAGCUUCCCCACAUCACAUGAAUUCUGUCACAGUGGGGUUAAAAAGCAGCUUCAAGAAUUACAGUUCAUACUCCAAACACAAACGAUCCCACACUGUAAAUAGUUUUACUGUUACUAAUAUGGAAAAAAAUUCACUUCAUUUUCUGCUCUGUGCAAACAUCAGCGUGAUCAUGCAGUACUGAAAUCACUGGAUCACAAUGAAUCUGAAGAGACCGUGAAUAAUCCUUAAAUUUAUCAAUCUGCAAGUAUAGAUACCUACGCCAAAAUUUUUUCCUUUUCUUACAACCACUGAUCAACGGCCAUGAGUACCAUUCGCACUGAAUAGGGAUAUACGUGAAAAGGGAAAGACCAUCUCUGAAUCGAGGAGGGGGCCUAAGGGUACAUCUGU